GCUCAUCUAAAAGAAGUUGAAAAGAAUUGGUUUGUUUGUAAGGCGAUAGAAUUAUGAAUUAUUAUGCCCUGUUUGGCUCUUCUCUUCCCUUCUCAAAUCCUUUUAGACAAACACAAAGGAUUAACGUUGCUUAUGAUUCAUCAAAACAAAGACAAGAAGCACACUCACUCAGUUCAGUCACCUUGGUUUAAGGUUCUCUUCUUUUAAUCAACUCCAAAUGUCUGGGUGAGGCCCAAGAUCCACUUGCAGCUCAAACAAAUUCCCUCCUCGCGCUCUCUCUUCAGCUCCACCCACCACUUUCGUUCAAAUUCCAAAGUGCUACAUUAUCAAUAUCAAGUGAUGCUUAAUGUGGGGAAGUAGAGCCUUCAGAAGUAACCUGACUCCUGAGAAGUUUAGAACUAGACUGAAAUUAACAUAAAGGAUUUUAAAUUUGUGAAGGGGCUGUCAUGCUGAAUGUUGCAACCUUCCAGUGGAGUAGGGAUGGAUUCUGCAAUAGAUGAUAUGAAUCUGAUUCAGCAAGCCCAGAGGCAUCACUUGGUUGUGAGGGAGAUUGGUGAAGAAAUUGAUUUAGAAAUUGGGCCAGGGGAUGAUGAUCCUGCAUUUGGUAAUGCUAAUCUAAUUGGUGGCCCUCCAAGAGAAUCUUCUACCGAAGAGCACGGGGAGAGCAAGCAGAUGGUGAUGGUUUCUCAGCUUCCUAACGAUGUUCAAGAUAUGUCAAAGUCCCAACCAUCUAAGAGGAAGAAGAAGGUUGUUAAAAGAUGGAGAGAGGAAUGGGCAGACACCUAUAAGUGGGCUUAUGUUGAUGUAAAAGAUGAGACAGCAAGGAUUUUUUGCUCUGUCUGCAGGGAGUAUGGCAGGAAGCACAGAAGAAAUCCUUAUGGGAAUGAAGGCAGUCGUAAUAUGCAGAUGAGUGCGCUAGAAGAACAUAACAACAGUUUGCUUCACAAAGAGGCUCUUCGUCUUCAAAUGGCCUCCAAGGAUAAAAUAAUUGUUGACAAGCCUGUUUAUGUAAAAGAUAUUGUGUCAAAAACAGCUGGAUCAAUUCUUGAAGCUGCUCUAAAAAGGGAUCCUCAUGAGGUUGAAUUCAUUCAGGCAGUUCAGGAAACAGUUCAUGCUCUUGAGAGAGUCAUAGCAAAAAAUUCGCAUUAUGUUAGCAUCAUGGAGCGCUUGGUGGAACCUGAACGAAUGAUUAUUUUCCGAGUUCCAUGGGUGGAUGAUAGGGGUGAGACGCAUGUUAAUCGUGGCUUCCGUAUACAAUUUAACCAGUCAUUGGGUCCAUGUAGGGGUGGUAUUCGUUUUCAUCCAUCAAUGAAUUUAAGUAUAGCCAAGUUCCUUGCUUUUGAACAGAGCCUAGCCUAUAUUAAUGUCAAUGCAUUUUUGUCUAAUCUGAACCUGGUGCACCUGAAAAUUGACAAGUUGGAAACCUAUACUCUAGUCAUCAUGAACAAAAAAGUGCAGAAUACAUUAAAGAAUGCUUUAUCGCCUUAUAAAUUAGGAGGAGCAGCUGGUGGAAGCGAUUUUGAUCCAAAAGGAAAAAGUGAUAAUGAGAUCAUGCGAUUUUGCCAAAGUUUCAUGAGUGAGAUGUAUCGGUAUAUGAGUCCUGACAAGGACCUUCCCUCAGAGGAAAUGGGUGUUGGUACGCGAGAAAUGGGUUAUCUUUUUGGUCAGUAUAGACGUCUAGCUGGUUAUUUUCAGGGAAGUUUUACAGGACCAAGGGUAUUUUGGUCUGGCUCCAGUCUUCGACCUGAAGCUACUGGUUAUGGCUUGGUUUUCUUUGCGCAGCUCAUACUCGCUGACAUGAAUAAAGAACUCAAAGGAUUAAGAUGUGUUGUGAGUGGAUCUGGAAAGAUUGCAAUGCAUGUUUUAGAGAAGCUUGUUGCUUAUGGCGCUCUUCCCAUCUCAGUAUCAGAUUCAAGAGGAUAUUUGGUUGAUGAAGAUGGAUUUGACUUUAUGAAAUUAUCCUUUUUAAGAGAUAUCACUGAUCAACAAAGAAGUUUGAGAGACUAUUCAAAGACCUAUGCUCGGUCGAAAUAUUAUGAUGAAGCGAAACCCUGGAUUGAAAGGUGUGAUAUUGCAUUUGCUUGUGCUUCACACAAUGAAAUUGAUCACUCUGAUGCCAUUAAUUUGGUUAAUUCAGGUUGUCGCCUACUAAUAGAAGGUUCAAACAUGCCUUGUACCCCUGAGGCAAUUGACGUUCUGAGAAAAGCCAGUGUUCUCAUUGCUCCUGCUAUGGCUGCUGGUGCUGGAGGGGUUGUGGCUGGGGAACUUGAAUUAAAUCAUGAAUGCAAUUUGAUGCACUGGUCACCAGAGGAUUUUGAAUCUAAAUUGCAGGAAGCAAUGAAACAGACUUAUCAAAGAGCUAUGAAAGCAGCAACUGAUUUUGGCUAUCAAAAGGAAAGUCCCGAGGCUUUGGUACAUGGUGCAGUCAUCUCUGCUUUUCUGACCAUCGCUCAAGCGAUGACAGAUCAAGGCUGUGUAUAGAAGUUCAUCAAAACCUUGAAUGCCUCAGUGCUGAAAUUUUUCAUAUGGAUGGAAAUCCACAUGCACCUAAUAAUUGCAAGCUAUGGAUGGAUGUUGAUAUUGCAGUCUCCAAAUGAGAAGACGUUGCACUAAUGAGAGAUCAUGUUUCCUUGUAUAAUGUGACAAUUUAAACAUAAAGAAGUUUUAGAGGAUGAGUUGCUGUAGCAGAUGUAUGGUUUUAGUUGUACAAUAGAAAGGUGGUCCUGAUUACUAUUGCCGGGAAAUAGGAUAUAUUGUUCUUGCCUCAUUCAACCCAUCUAGAUGCUUGUUUCUAGUUUGGAUGUUGAGAUCAGAAAUAAAAGCUUAGCAUUGAAUGUGCUUAAUUUCUUAAAGAUCUCUAUCCUAAAAUUGUGAAUGAUCUGUUAUGCAUGUCAUAAUGUUCCUUUAGGAUCUUUUUUAUAUUGAACUUGAAAGUGACUUUGUGUGUGUUACCUUUCCAAGUUUUGGAAGCAAAGUAUUAAAUUCUGUGGUUUAUUUUAA